AUAUGUAAUAUUGAAGAACAAUUAAUUAUCGAUCCAAAUGGAUAUCAGUUUGUAUUAUUCAAUACCAACACAACUGAUAUUCAAAUGCCAGAUGUACAAUCUCUUGUUGUACAAGGAUCAUCAAUCGAAUUAACUGAGUUAGAAAAGAAAAUUACUAAAGGAAUAUUACAAGCAGACAUAAAUGGAGAAGUAAAAGCCAGACCACCA